AUGGUGGCAGCAAACAAAGUGAAAGGAGGAAGAACGAAGAGGAGAAAAGAGGGAAAAGGACACGUCAUGCAUUGCGGAGAGAAUGCAAGCGGUGAUGAAAUAAAUGUCGUUUUGCAUUUUGCACCUGUAGUGCAAAGGAUGACCUUCAGCCCAGCUCGGCUACUCCAAUUAAGAGUAAAAGAAGAACGCGAAGAGGAUGCUGCUCGACAGCAGCAAGACCUAGUGCAAACUGUGCAGGUAGGUGCACAUGACGAAUGCGAAAGCGGCAUCUUAAAAUUAUGA